AUGCUUUUCCCGAUGGGCUGCGGAGGGAGUCGGGCGGAUGCGAUCAUCGAGCCGAGGUACCACGAGAGCUGGACCAGGGAGACGGAGUCGACGUGGCUCACCAACACCGACAUAGAGACUCCUCUGCCGGUGGCGAACAGUAAAGCUCUGGAGGCCGGCGUGAGAGAGAAGAGGACGGUGAACACAGGGACCCAGUGUGGGAAGCAGGGCCUCAACACCUCCGGCUCCAACCACCAGAGGAGACCCAGACGCUCCCUGAGUGAUCAAACUGCUCGUGACUCUAAGAGGAGGGCGUCAAAGGAGGCCAACGUUUUGUCUAAGGAUGGCCAGUCUGUCAACAUCAACAGCAGCGAAGACGCUGAACCCGGGAACGUGUGUGACGAAAGAUGA